UUGUAGCCAACGACAACAUGAUGCGUUAGUCUCGCCAUCUUUAAAAAACGACGCGUCGCUCUGUCACGUAUUGGGUUGGGGUGCGAAGCCAUAGAAGCCGGUUUGGAUCAAAUUUAGCUUUUUAGCACGGUCAGACAAUGUCGAGUAUGACAAUUUGUGCUCGUUUCAGACCUUUGAGCUCCAAAGAGAGAAGAGAUCACGGCGAUACAGUCUGCAUUCGAUGCAUAGACGCUGAAACUUUCCUCUUCAAGGAUGAGAAGGAUGAAGAAUUUACAUUUAGCUUUGAUAAGGUGUUCUACGAGAAAUCCGAGCAAGCUCAAGUCUAUGAAUUUCUAGCUUGGCCUAUUGUGAAAGAUGCUGUUGACGCAAUCAAUGGGACGAUCAUCACUUAUGGGCAGACUGGAGCUGGGAAGACAUAUAGCAUGGAGGGGCCUAGCAUACUGGUAUGUGAUGAGCAGAAGAGAGGAUUACUUCCAAGAGUAGUUGAGGGACUGUUUGAUUGCAUUAAAUCUUCUGGAGGAACAAUGAAGCACUCAAUCAAAUUGUCAAUGGUAGAGAUCUACAUGGAAAAAGUAAGGGACCUUUUUGAUUUAUCAAAAGACAACAUACAGAUUAAGGAGAGUAAAUCGCAGGGGAUAUUGUUGAAUGGAGUAACAGAGAUCUCUGUGUCAGAUCCUGCAGAAGCAUUACAAAGCCUAUCUAGUGGCAUAGCUAACAGAGCUGUGGGGGAGACCCAAAUGAACAUGGCCAGCAGCAGAAGCCAUUGUAUUUACAUAUUCACAGUUCACCAAGAAGUAAAGAGAGAUGACAGGUUGAAAACUGGAAAAUUAAUUCUUGUCGACUUGGCUGGAUCCGAGAAAGUAGAGAAAACUGGAGCUGAGGGAAAAGUUCUUGAAGAAGCCAAGACCAUCAACAAGUCCCUCUCAGUCCUUGGUAAUGUGAUAAAUGCUCUUACAUGUGGUUCACCAGGCAAAGUGAACCACAUUCCGUUUCGUGAUUCCAAGCUUACUCGGAUUUUACAAGAUUCACUGGGAGGAAACUCCCGCACUGCAUUAUUGUGUUGUUGCUCACCAAGCCCUUCAAAUGCAUUGGAGAGUCUGUCCACUCUUCGCUUUGGGAUGAGGGCAAAGCAUAUCAAGAUGUCACCACGUGUCAAGUGUAAUGAAGAUAAAUGUGCUAAAAAACAGGGACCUGCAUCAUCUCCAAUUAAACAUGAGUCAUGCGAUAUAAUCCUUGACAAGUUGAAGGAGAGAUUUGAUGCUGAAGAUGUGAAGUUACUUGAGGAGUUGUUCACAUUGAAUGGCAUUUUGUUUGAUCCUUGUUCAUCUGAAGAGUUGGAUUCAGCAUUCGAGGAUGUCACUUCACAGACGAUUGUCUCAUUGCAGCAAGCAGUGGAAGAACUUGCAUCCACUGUCGAUGAGCUUAAGAGAGAGAAUAAGGGUCUGAAGGAGAGAUUAGCAGCUGCUGAAAGAUGUCAUGCAGCAGGCAAAGAGGCUGGAGAUAAUAAUACUUCAAGUCUUGUGCAUAAACUCCCAGGAAUUCUCAGCUCCUUUGUGUCUUGGGUGAGGUCACUCUCCUCUAUCAAGUUGUUGAAUUGUGAGGUCAAUUGAACAUUGCUCAUCUCAAGCACUGCAAGAGCCCUUACAUCCAUUUUGUACAGUUUGUGCCAGAAUUUGAAUUCCACCUUAUUUGGAGAGAGUUUCUAAGCUUCCUGUUGUGGGUUGCUUUACAUGCUUUCUAGCUUGGCGCACACACACGAGGCCAAGUUCCACGAAUUUAUCUUAAACUGAGUAAAAUUUGUGAUUUUUAACACGUCCUAGCUUAGCUAUAUAAAUUUUUUGCUAGAGGAGUUUGUGCCAUCAAAUAUCCCAUGUCUUUGAUCUUU